CAACCUCUGAAAGCGAGAGCAGGUAGCCUCAGAUCUACAAGGAUGACCAUCAACACAUUAAGCCAAGGAAGCAAUCGAACAAUGCAAAUGCCAUGUUUAACUAAGAUGGAGCGGGUUAUUUUAGCCAUGCAGGACCCUAAUGUUGGGAUAAAAAUGAGAAACCAAAGGCUCCUAAUUACAGUAAUCCCACAUGCUAUGACAGGGAAUGACAUAGUGGAGUGGCUCAUUCAGAGGUUUUCCAUCACUGAAGAAGAGGCCCUGCAUUUAGGAAAUCUCAUUGUUAAGUAUGGCUACAUCUAUCCACUGAAAGAUGCCAAGACCCUUGUUCUUAAGGCAGACGAAUCACCAUACCGUUUCCAGACACCAUACUUUUGGACUACAAAUAAAUGGCCAGCUGUGGAACUUGACUAUGCAAUUUAUCUGGCCAAGAAAAACAUUCGGAAGCAAGGUGACUUGAUUGACUAUGAAAGGGACGCAUAUAACCUCCUCCAUAAACGAAUAAACCACACAUGGGACUUUGUGGUGAUGCAAGCCCGAGAACAGCUCAGGGCAUCAAAGCAGAGGAGAAAAGCUGAUCGAAUUGUGCUGGAUUGCCAGGAGCAGGCAUACUGGCUUGUUAACAGACCCCCACCAGGAGCCUUUGAUGUUUUGGAACGAGGUCCCGAACGAGGAAACUGCCUCAACUCCAGAGUGCAGAUGAACAGUGAAUACUACAAAAAAGAGAUUGAACAAACGAAGAAAGCCUUGCUGCGAUCACGCGUGAAGUCUUCGAUAUGCCUGGAAGGCUUUUUUAAACAUUGUGAGCAGUACCAGGUGCACGAUCCCAUCAUGUCAGGAUGCCUGCCCAGUAACCCUUGGAUAACUGAUGACACAAUGUACUGGACCAUGAACGCUGACUUGGUGGCAACGCCAACUAAAAUGCGAGUAGAGCGCUGGGCCUUCAGUUUCAUGGAACUCAUUCGGGACCCACUUGGACACAAUGAGUUUGUACAUUUCUUGGAAAAAGAAUUCAGUGCUGAGAACCUAAGCUUUUGGGAGGCAUGUGAAGAUGUCCGCUACGGAGAAUAUUCAAAAAUCCCAGAGAAACUGGAGAAUAUCUACCAGCAGUUUCUUGUCCCAGGAGCAAGUAAGUGGGUGAAUAUUGACAGUAAAACCAUGGAUCGUACUCUGCAAGGAAUCAAAGCUCCACAUCGCUAUGUAAUGGACGAUGCUCAAAUGCAUAUUUAUUUUCUGAUGAAAAAAGAUUCUUAUCCAAGGUACCUCAAAUCUGAUCUGUAUAAGAAUAUGCUCGCCAAAGCAAUUGUACCACAGGAAACGAAAAAAAGUGUGUUUCCCUUUAUGAGGAGACAACGGCACUCUAGUCCGAGUCCUGCUUUGACGGCACAUUCUGGAGAGGAUGAUGGAAAGAGUAAAUCAGCUGGAUCGCCAGGGGGUGCCGUAGCGGCCACCAUCACUCAGCUGUGUCGCUUUUCCCACCCGUUGGCUGUGCUAUCCAGUCCAACACUUGCUGCCCGGCCGAUCCAGAUGCAGAACCAGGCUGUGUCAGGGGCUGUGCCUUUGUGCCCCGGAGACCUUCCCACUUCCACCCACCCUUCUCCCAACCUGGCUGACUCUAAGAGCCUUAACAAGCCUAGGGUCACCCUGGAGUAUCAGAUUUACCUGAAGGACCCCGAAGAAGGCACACAAAAUGAGACAGACACAGCGUACACCUGAACCAGACAAGACGGGACUAGUCCGGGAUCCCCGGGGGACUUGCAGGCACAGAGGCGAACCCCUGACUACGUCAACUGGCUUUCAGAGGAAGAAGGCAGACUGCAUAUUAUUAGGCAUUUCUUUACAUUAGGGUGUACAAAUGCUUCACCGUGUUAUUUAUUAUUAAUCUGCUUACAUUGGUUGUUUCCUAGAAGAGCUCACCACCUUGAUACUGUUGUCUUUCUGAAAUAUGACGCAUUGGCAGCUUCUGUGCCGUUGUUAUUUACAGCAAACAUUUUGGUGCCACAGAGAUUUGUUUUUCAAUUAGUUUUAAAGGCUUUGAUUUUUGCAAUUACGCUGAUCUGUAUUUGGGCGGAAGCACAGUCUAGUGUUAAAUGCCAUUUAAGUGACCUAUUCUUUAAUGUAUAAAAAUACAUAAAGAUAAUCCACCUUGCAGCUUUUGAAAAGCCCUGUCAUUCCCAGUUUGCCCAAUAAUCACCAGCACAAACACACA